UUCGAUCGAGGCUACAUUGCGACGGCGGAGUCUCUUCUCCACCAACGUUCUCCUUCGUCGGAAUCGAAGAAGAAGAAGAGCAGAGGAGGAGAUGGCCGGCAGCGAAAAUAAUGCCGGCAACAAAGUGAAAGCCAUAUCGCCGCUGGCGCAAUGGAGGGUCAAGAGCCUCGGGGCACACGACUACCGCCGCUCCGACGAUUUCAUGAUUGGAAGCUGGAAUUGGUGUUUAUCCGUCGAGAAUAAUAAUUCUGUAUUGUCCAUCCGGCUCAUCUCCAAGCCCAGUUGCAUCACUGAGGAUAAAUACCCCAUCGCCAAGAUCAUGAUCCGGGCCCACUGCACUGGUUCUACGAAUUCGACGAAUUGUCACUAUGCUGAAUGUAAGUAACCUCUGUCGUUGGCUUUUCUGCACUACAUUAAAUUUCCUGGAACUUCACAAACUAGCAGCUCAUCAAUGAAAUCCACCUCGAUAUCCUGCAACAAAAAGUGAAAUCGCUCGUCCCUGUCGCAUCUGACCUCAGGCAAGUAGGGUGGGGUGAGGUGGACAGGAUAUGGAGAUUUACUUUCCGACAGCCCCGUCAUUCUACCCCGCAUUCUCAAGUGAUAAAUAAAUCACUACUUAUCAACUCAGAUGACCCGUAGGAUCCACCUCGAUAUCUUGUGGAGCCACUCAACACUUGCUAUUUUAAUGACCUCGGAUCGGUAUCAUGGUUGGCAAAAUCGACGCUGCCAAGAAACCAAAACCAAAAUCAUCCAGGAGUGUGGAAUCGAUUGGAGCAGGAUCGAUAUGAUCGUACCACGUUACAAUGAUUCUACACAUUGAAAUAUCUGAUUGAAUGAUGAGAUCUAUAGUAUAUUAAAUCAAAAUUUAUAUUUAUUUAAAUAUGUAUAUUUGUAACGAAAUAAAACUCAU